CUCUUGGUGCGUCGCGCGGGCCGCGCCGCCGCGUCAUAUGACCGCGGCGCGGGGGCGAGCCGGGCCGUGAGGGAGCGCGCGGGUGUGGGACAGCCGCCGCCGCCAGCCCCGGGCCCAGCCUGCCAGAGCCCCCGGCUCCCCCCACCGCCACCAUGCUGGCGCUGCUCUCCCGGUUGCUGGACUGGUUCCGCUCGCUCUUCUGGAAGGAGGAGAUGGAGCUCACCCUGGUGGGGCUGCAGUACUCGGGCAAGACCACCUUCGUCAACGUCAUCGCGUCAGGUCAAUUCAGUGAAGAUAUGAUUCCUACUGUGGGCUUCAACAUGAGAAAAGUUACGAAGGGUAAUGUUACAAUAAAGAUUUGGGAUAUAGGAGGGCAACCACGAUUCCGAAGCAUGUGGGAGCGAUAUUGCAGAGGAGUUAAUGCUAUUGUCUACAUGGUAGAUGCUGCAGAUCGUGAAAAAAUAGAAGCCUCUCGAAAUGAGCUGCACAAUCUUCUAGAUAAGCCACAGUUACAAGGAAUCCCUGUUCUAGUACUUGGAAAUAAGAGAGACCUGCCUAAUGCUUUGGAUGAGAAACAGCUAAUUGAAAAGAUGAACCUUGCUGCUAUUCAGGACAGAGAAAUCUGCUGCUACUCAAUUUCUUGCAAAGAGAAAGAUAAUAUAGAUAUCACGCUUCAGUGGCUUAUUCAGCAUUCAAAAUCUAGAAGAAGCUGAAGUCUUCCUGGAAUCUCCAGUACCAGUUGGCCAUAAUCUCAAUUGUCCACUUCCCUCCAUAAUGAGAUAUUACCCAAAAAUCCUGUAUCAAGAAUCUGCCUUUUCACGGUUCAUUUAUCAUGUGCACUGCUGAAGACUUGUAUUCCUAUUCUGUCACAAAACAACUAGAGUUGUCAUGAUAAAGUCAGCACAAAUAUUUAUUUUACAACCAUCUAUGGCGGGAGGGUUGUGGGGGGGCUUUUUAAAAAAAAAAAAUCUCUACCAUGUUAACUAUGAUGGUACACUCUGUUCUGGUUUUUCAGGGCCAGGUUUUUAUAUGAUUUUCAGCAAGUGUUUUAUUUCUAGUGUUUAGUGGCUUGAAGAUGCUGAUGCUCGACAGCAUUAAGAUUCUGUAAGAUGCCACAUACAGUAGUUAGAAAACAUUUAAGCGUGAGUUGUGGGAUACUGAUUUAUCUCACAAAUGCAUGUGAUGUGUGUAUGUAAGCAGAGAAAUGGAAACUUUGCAGAGGGGAGCACAAGGCAUAGAUCAGCAUCACUAAUCUACAGCUGAGAUCUUAUUCUGUCACUUGAAAAAGAAAACUCUCAUGAUGAAUUAGGAAAGAGUCAACUGUUUAAAAUCAUUUUGUUGCUUCUGUUUAACAUUUGUGUGGGGGAUGGGAAUGGACUGUUCUGUCAAGCUUUCAAAUAUUGGAGUAUUCCAGCAUGAAAACAAAUUGCUAAGAACAUCAGACUUUGUUCAAAUACAUUUUUCUAUCUACAGAUACCAGUGGUCUCUAUCUGAAACCAGAACACGCAUUCUGAGCAGCUGCAUGACACUUAAAUUACUGAUGUUUUUGUAUAGAGUCAGUUGUUGACCUUUAGCACAAUAUCUGUGUAAUUGUCUAGUGUCUCUCCUGCUCAUGAAAUGGCUGGGCACAGUUUCACCUGGUGCUAUGGAAUAUCUAGGCUAUUGUGACAACUCUAGACCUGCCUGCUUUCUUGAUGUAACCAUGUACAAAGUCUGUAAGUUGCAAGAUGAAAUGUUCUACUGUGUCAAAGCACAAGAGAGCCAAUGAAUUGAUCCUGUUUCUUGACUAGCUCCUACAGUAUAGGGAAGUAUGUAUAAACUAAAGAUUGUAAUGUUUUUGUAGCUUUACUUUCUCAAUGACUUCAGUAUAUUUAAAGGGACAGACUUGUUAAGACUAGUUUGUUCAUACAGUAAUGUCAGUGUAGCUUACUAGUGUAUGCAAAUACAUGGUACACCUGCUCGUGUUGCCUCACACUGUGUGUGAUUCUUCACCUAAAUGUAGUUUGCAUUAUGUUGGAGUCUUUGGUUGGAAACACUGUGUAGUCCAUAUCAGUUAUGACAAGCCAGUUUUAAUUUAGACUGCCAUGGCCUUACUGUUCUGUACCACCUCUCGCAGUGUUGCACAGACACUACAUGCUGCCUGCAUUCGGUCUGAACUUACAUUUUAACUUUUUGUCCCCUUUCAGUUCUCUGAAGCAUGAUUUCAAUUAAUUCAUACUCUGGUGCUGUAGAGGAGAGGGUAUAUUAACUUGCUACUGUAGUCCAUAGUUCACCAGGAACUGCUACAGUUACUUUUAUUUAGCAAACUUGCUUGUGCCUAAAAUAAGGAAACUAAACUAGAAUGUGUGAAUCUUUGUGGGGGACCAGGUCACUGUUUAGUUAACUGGCCUAUAGCUAAACUUGAUGUGUUUGGUGUUUAUAUACUUCACUGCUUUCAGCGUUUAUGGCAUCCAAACACUACCAAUUGUUAACCUGUGCAUUACUCUCUGCAUGUGAACAACUUAUACAAUUACUGAACUUUGUAAAUACGUGAAUUUUUUUAUUUAGGUGGAUGCAUAUGUUGGUUUACUGCUCUUCAGCUUUAUUCAAUAAACUUAUGUUUUGAGGGUUGUAUUGACACUUAACUGACUGACUUGAGUUGAUGUGGCUUAACUGAUGGCGAUGUAUUAUGGGAUGUCUGUCUCCUCUCCCACAAGAUUACAGUGGGGGAAGAAGGCUUGGUAAAUACUUGAGCUUCUCUGUUCUGUGGUUCAGCUAUUCAAGUGAAAUGCAUAUAAACCCACCUUUCAGGCCUGGGGCUUUCUCAGCUUCCACGAGCAAGCUUAGCUAGUCAGUCUCAGCAGACCUCAGUGCUUUAUUAUGUUUAUGAAAAGCACUAAUUAGUCAGCUGGAGGAUCUUAAGUAGGGGCAGCCUCCUGGAGGUCUGUUUUCAGAAGAAAAACGUGUGUGUCUACAAACUUUUUUCUUGUCAUCAAGUCUAGAGUAAAACCUCUGCUUUUCCAACACAAGUGUCAGAACUAGGAGUGCUUCAUCAUUCACUGCCAGUUAAAGCGUAAAUAUUCUGAUCUCAUUGGAAAGCGAGGCUUUCAUUGACUGAGGUCUUGAACAAAAUCUUUGCCGUGAUUUUAAUCUGAAGUUACCCUGACUGUUCUUCCCAAAUGCUGUGUUUCAUUAAUUUCUCUUGGACCGUUGAUUAACUUGUAGGACUGUAUGUCAACAUCUUCCAAGUAAUCGUAACAAACUUGCUGUCUUCUCUUCAUGGCCUUCCUCCACGUAAGCUUUCAAACUUGCUGAGCUGUAACGGGUUAGUUUUUAGGCCUGAGUACUGGUCAGUUAGCAUCCUUCAUGUGUAACUUGGCUGAUGGGAAGGGCUAAUGAACUGUUGAGUAAAAGAUCGUGUGCAUAUUUCUUCAGUUGAUAGGGUUUCCAGUGUGCAGAACAAGCUGCCUGGAGUUCAUGUUCAAAGCAAAAUGCCUCUAGAUGCAAAAUCUGAAAACAGUAUUACAGAUGUAAGAUUGGUCACACUGAUUGCUCUGAUACCAGUACUAAUCACUUAAAUCAGCUGCGGUGUGAACUUUGCCAACAGCUGUUUGUCUGAUGUGGUAUUUCAGUAAUAGUUUCUACUUCUAAAUGUAAAUAGCAAGGAGGGCCACACUGUGUGUACUCUAAAAAGUAUAUUUGCAUUACUUCAUGAAAUGACUCAAGUGAGAUCUUCACAGCUAUUCUUGUACAGUUCUUCCAGAUGUGUAGAAAUGUAGACCUUGGAGAGGCUAUUUGAAUCCAGUGACACUUUUUCUGGUUGAGGGCCUGAUUAACUUCACUUUGAAACAGAAGGGAAGUGCAGUAAGUCUUUCCAGAGAAGUGAGGCUGUUCUUGCCACCUUUCAGCCUUGGACUGAAAAAACUACUUGCUCAUCUGGCAAAGUUAAACCUUUUCUGCUCUAAUAAAGCUGUAGAGCCUAAGAUAGGCAUUAGCAGUGCUAUCUGCUGAACUUGGGUGCUGUAGCUGUGUUCUGCUCCUAGAAAUCUGUUAAGUCAAUCGAAUCUCUCAUGAUGAUUACUUGCCUCAGUCGUGAGCCCGGACAGUAAAAGGAGACUGAUUAAAUUUCCCAUUCUCUUAACAAGUUGCUCUUAGGGGUUACAUUUUAGUAUUAUAAAAUAUUGUACUCAAACAUCAGUAGCUGUAGUCCUGAAACUCUCUUCUGAUGUAUCUGCAAUAGACCUUGGCCUUUAGCAUAUUAAGAAAACUGGAUCUUGUGAAAAGGCAAAUACUGAGUUGGAGAGAACUCUCGAUCGUGAAUAUGUAUGCAAGUUAGACACCAGGUCAUACCUUUAUAACCUGAUGAUGUGUUGGUAUUGUAUGGCGUCCCGAUGAUUUAAAAUAGCUGUCAACUCUGAAAACUUGGUGUCAGUUUUGUUCAGUACAAGUUUUGUUUGUUCAAGAUCUUGCUGAUCACAGAGCAGCAUGGCUCUAGACUAGACUGGGAAGAAAUGUUUGUGCGUGCACCCACAGUACUGAGCUGUGCGGAGGUUUUCUUUGGAGUGUUAAUGUCCUGUCGAUGUUAGUGUGGAUGGUGGUUUCUUUAAGUGCAAUUACAGUGCAGCAUGAUUCUCAUCAUCACCCCGAGCGUGGCUGAGUGUCUUAGCAGUUGCACAGAGCAAUUCUGUCCUACCACUUGGCAACAUGAAAAAUGCACAAAUGUGGAGCUGUUUCAUGAUCUGUGGAACUAAUAAUCUAGAUUCUUAUGGAUUUGUGUUUUUUUUUCUUUGCAUCUUUAUGGAAAUGGGCUGGAAAGAUGGUCCUUUUUGGAUGCUGACAUAUAAAACUGCAUAAUCUUCACUUUCUGGUAGAAGAAAGGAGGCCAAAGAAAAUGCCUUAAACAGUCUCUCUGGUUAAAUUAAUACAGGAAUGUUGUGCAGGGAUCUAUAAUAACUUGAAGUAUGAUUUAGCUGGAUUAACAAGCUUUUAACUUUUCUACGGUUUAAUUUUAUAGUUACUGUGGCUGUGCAAUGGCAUGUCUUGAGUUUGCUUUGUGCGUGUUUACUGAAUGUGAAAGAAAUGCGCUUUCUCCCUGUAGCAUGCCCCAGCGCUGCUCCCUGCUGGCACUGCUUUGGCACUGACCCUGACCAGAGAGCUGUGUGAAUUCCAAACCGGGGGGGUAAAUCAGGUUAUUUAAGCUGUUUUACUAAGCGCGGUGCGUUCCCAAUUGCACGAGCAGUAAAGCAAUGAAUUGUGUUAAAGGAGAAGUAGCGCGUGAAUGCCUGAGCCUGGCAUGUGCUUUCAGGACUUUUAUUCUCAAAAUAUGAGUGUAAAUGACUUGUCUCACUAGAUCAUAAACCUUCAAUGAGUAGUGUAUUGCUUUAGGACUACAGAUGCUGAACGCUAAAGUAUGCCUUGGUGAAACAUUGGGGUUUUCUUUUACGUGUCACUUAAAUGACAAACACAGAAUGUCACUCAAAGGGGGUAUGCACAUACUCUUUUACAGGAGAAGUAAAAUAUUUGAUGUUUUUAUUUCCGUCACAGUGGAAGGUGGGUAAGUAGACCUUUGUGCCAGGAUUAGUGCCUUUUAAUUAUGACAUUAUAGGUUUUAUUCUGUUAAAGGCAACAUCUAUCUCUGUGAUCGUUUUGAAGUGCUUCAAUAAAAGUGUUGUUGAAAAACA